UAGUAUAUCGCCACGAUGAACUUUGAAGACGCUGAAGAAUUAAACGGGGUUCGUUUCGCGUGGAACACAAUUCCAUCCACUAAACUUGAAGCUGGAAAGAUUGUGGUUCCAACCGGGGCCCUUUAUACCCCAUUGAAAGAAAGAGAAGACUUGCCAAUUGCAGCCUACGACCCAAUGUUUUGUUCUAAUCAAACCUGUAAAGCCAUUCUUAACCCAUAUUGUUCAUUUGAACCUUCAUUCUGGGGAUGUCCAAUUUGUGGUUACAGAAAUCCUUUACCGGUCCACUACCAAGGUUUGACUCCGGAAAAUUUACCAUUGGAAAUACAAGCAAAUAGCUCUACUAUUGAAUAUAUUACAGCUCGUCCUGUGCCUAACCCACCUAUUUUCUUUUUUGUUGUUGAUUUGUGCCAGGAUGCAGACAAUUUGAAGGCAUUGAAGGAAGCUUUGGUUAUUUCUUUGAAUUUAUUACCAGUCAAUGCCUUGAUUGGUUUGAUCACUUAUGGAACCAUGGUUCAAGUUCAUGAUUUAGGUUCAGAAAAGAUCAAUAAAUCCUAUAUUUUCCGUGGAGAUAAAGAAUAUACUGAUAAGCAAAUUAGUGAAAUGUUGAAUCGUCCAUUGGCACCAUCUCCUGCAGGACAACAACCUCAAUUUGCCAACUCAUUAACUCGCUUCUUCCUUCCUGCUGAAGAAGUUGAGUUCCAAUUAACAUCUCUUUUGGAAAAUUUGAAUGGAGACCCAUGGCCUGUGGCUAAUGGUGACAGGGCUUUGAGAUGUACUGGUAGUGCAUUGAAUGUUGCUUCCAACUUACUUGGUCUCACAUAUGCUGGAUUUGGUGCCAGAAUUAUGUUAUUUACUGCUGGUCCAUGUACCUUGAGCCCAGGUUUGAUUGUUGGUCCUCAAUUAAAGGAGCCAAUUAGAUCCCACUCUGACAUUGAUAAGGACAAUGCCAAGCAUUUCAAGAAGGCAACCAAGUUUUAUGAUUCCCUUGCUGCUAGAGCAGUUAAGAAUGCCCAUACUGUUGAUAUUUUUGCUGGAUGUUAUGAUCAAAUUGGUAUGUUGGAAAUGAAGAAUCUAUGUAAUUUAACAGGAGGAUCCUUGUUGUUGACUGAUUCCUUCACCACGGCUAUUUUUAAACAAUCAUUCCUUCGUUUAUUUAAUAAGGAUAGUCAAGGAUUUCUUAAUAUGGGUUUCAAUGGUACUCUUGAUAUCAAGACAUCCAGAGAAUUGAAGGUUAGUGGUGUUAUAGGUCAUGCCUCAUCUUUGAAUGUCAAGAGUGCUAACGUUUCUGAAAAUGAAUUAGGUUUGGGUGGAUCUUCACAAUUCAGAUUAUGUGCUCUUUCCCCUAGGCAUACAUAUGGGGUAUUUUUUGAUGUGGUUAAUACUGCUCAAUUGCCUCAAAAUUCACAAAGUUAUAUUCAAUUUAUUACUCAUUACCAACAUUGUUCGGGAAGUUACAGAAUCAGAGUUACUACCAUUUCUAAUUUCUUGACCAGUGAUGAACAAACAUUGACUAAUUCAUUUGAUCAAGAAGCUGCUGCCGUAUUGAUGGCACGUGUUACUCUUUUCAAGGCUGAACAAGAUGAUGGGGCUGACGUUUUACGAUGGGUCGAUAGAAUGUUGAUUAGAUUGUGUCAAAAAUUUGCUGAUUACAGAAAAGAUCAAGAAGAAUCUUUCAGAUUAGGUCCACAAUUCACAUUGUACCCACAAUUUAUAUAUUACUUAAGAAGAUCUCAGUUCUUGCAAGUGUUCAAUAACUCGCCGGAUGAAACUGCCUUUUACAGACAUGUAUUGAUGACUGAAGAUUGCAACAACUCGUUAAUUAUGAUACAACCUACAUUAACUGCCUUCUCCUUGGAUAGUGAACCAGAAGCUGUGUUAUUGGACUCGGUAUCCAUUAGAGACGACCGUAUUUUGUUAUUGGAUACAUUCUUCCAUAUCUUAAUUUUCCAUGGUAGGACAAUUGCCCAAUGGAGAAGAGCAGGAUACCAAGAUCAACCAGAAUAUGAGAAUUUCAAAGAAUUGUUGCAAGAACCAAAGGUUGAAGCUGCUGAAUUGUUGGUUGACAGAUACCCAUUGCCUAGAUUCGUUGAUACUGAAGAAGGUGGAUCACAAGCGAGAUUCUUGUAUUCAAAGUUGAAUCCAUCCGUUACUUAUAACAGUUCUGAAUUUGUCAGUAAUAGCGGUGCUAUAGUUUUGACAGACGAUGUCUCAUUACAAGUGUUUAUGAGCCACUUACAAAAGUUAGUUGUUUCAGGUUCUACCUAAUUCUAGAAAUAAAAUUUUUGAUAUUUUUUAAGAGAAUAGAUUGCUGUAGAAGCUUGUUUAUAGAACUUUGGAACGAAUACCGCAUGUAGAAGGUCUAAGAUUGCGAACCCCACACAAGAAUAUUAGACCAUCAUUGUCUUUUGUCAAUACAAAUAGGAAAAUACAUCUGUGAUGGCUUUU